AUGUACAAAUUACAAUAAUUGAUGAGUCUAUAUUUGGACUUAAUGACAACAGCACCAAAGGUGGAAUUGACAGAAAAUUUAUUCAGAGCUACCAUAAUAUUUUAAUUUAUGUUCCGACUUCACUAUUUAUUACCAGAAGAUGGAUGGGGAAUAUGGAAUUAUGAAGAUUUUAAGAUCAAAAUACCUUAAUAAAUAUUAUCAACGAUCUUUUAGCAAAAUGCAAUUUUAUUAAAAGUAAUUCUCAUCAUUUUAAAUGGUUGUUGUUUAUUGAUGAGUUUUAUGAGAAUUAAAUUGAUGUAUUACUAUAACAAUGUAACGUGGCAUAUCUUCUUUAUGCCUUAGGUUUCAAUAUUGAUAGAUUUUGAAUUAGAUCCAACACUUUCAACAAUAGCAAUUUUUUUAUUAUUAGUUCAAUCUUUCAUAAAUUUAUACUUUAAUAGAGCAACUAAAUUCUUACAUAAUAAUCCAUUUAUAAGAAAAUAUACAAACCUUACUAUUGUAUCUAUUGCUAUUGAUACUCUAUGUUAUAUGAACUUUUAAUUUUAUUUAAUAAGAUUGAUAUUACUUCAUUUUUCAACAAUAGUAUAAAUAGUUGAUGUUUAUUCAUUUCAUCCCUAUAAACCUAAACUUAAUUCAUUUGUAUUUUAAUGUGCAAUAUUACAAUAUACUCUAAUAUUCAUAACAACUAUAUCUAUAAUUUAGAAAUCAGAAAAUAAUUUAUUUUAUUCAUAUUUUCUAUUUGGUUCAUUUUCAGUAGCCUUAUCAUAAAUAUUAAUAGAAAAAUGUUCUAAAAAGUAGACGUUUGAUUAAUAUUUUAUUUUAGUUUAAAGUUAAUCAUUAUAUCUUGCAUCAAAUAUUUAAAAGGCAAUUAUGAUUAGUCAACAUAGAUAAAUUUGUAAAUUUAAGCAUGAAAAUAAUGUAAUUGAAACAAUAAUUUGUAUACUUGAAAAUUCAAUCAAAAAGAAUAAAUAAAUCAAAUUAGAUUAUGAAAUAUUAGAAUUGGCAUUGAUUAAUUUCUUAUCUUUAUAAAAAGCUGCAUUAACAGCUUUCUGUAGAUUGAAGAUGUAUUAUAAUGCAAUAGAUGAUCAUACUAUAUAUUUUUAAAUAUGCUUUCCAAAUAUUGAUAAGAAAUUAUGGAAGAGAGUUAGAGAUGUUUAAAAUAGAAUUACUAAAUAGAUCAGAUCAACUUCAUAUUAUGAUGAAAAGGAUCUUAAAACUAAAGAUAUUUAUGUUGCAUCUUUGAUGAAGGAUUAAUUUUAUCCAAAAAUAAUAGAAGUCUUAAAUAGAAAGCUUGAAUAUUGGAAUUAAUUAUUAUCAGAUCUUGCCAAUUAUGAAAGACUAUUUGAACAUACAAUAAAAUGUAGUUAAGUAGUACAUAAUUUCAAUAUCUUUCUCUAAAAUCUAUUCUCUUAAGAUUUAGAUGAAAUUUAAAAUGUUAAGACAGUUAUUGAAUUAAAAAUGUUAGAAAUUUACUUUUGUGUUGUCAGAAAUGAUUAAGUAUAAGCAACAAAAAUGUAGAAACUUAUUAUAGAAAUGUUGAGGUAAGAAACUUAACAAGAUGGUAAGUUAUUAAAUUGUAGCAUAAUGGAAAACAAAGUAGUAUUAUUAUACACUAGUAUUGUUAAAGCAUAAGGAUUUAUAAUUAAAACUAAUAGUGAUUAAUUAGCAAAAUUUUGGGGAUAUGAAAGUGAAUUAGAUUUCCAUGAUAUUAAACAUAUUAAUCAAUUGAUGCCAAAUUUUUGUGCAUCUGUACAUGAUUAAUAUAUUGAGAGAUUUUAAAUGUUAGGUCAUAGUAUUCUAUUUGGAAAAUGUAGAACUAUCUUUCUUAAAGAUAAAUAUGAUUUACUCAUACCAGCUAGUAUUACUAUUGAUAAUUUCUUUAUCAGUUAUGAUGAUUAUGUUAUCACUGCAGCAUUUGCUAAAAAUAAAGAGACAUCUUUAUAUAUUUUAUUUGAUUGCAAAGGUAAAAUACUUGGUGUCACUUAAUUGAUGUAUAAAGUAUUUCAUACAAUUGAUUCUACAGUCACUCCAGAAUUAUUAAAUACUGGAUAUAUAUUUCAGAUUAUACCUAAUAUAUUCUAUUUAGUUAAUAAUCAUACAAAUGCAGAAUUUGAUAACAUUCUAUAUGAAGAAAGAAUUCAUUUAAUUAUUGGAAAUCCAAUUAAAUAGUAAUUUGAAAAACCAAUUAAUUUAUCCAAACAUAAAGGAUAUUAUGAUGAUUUAUGGACUCUUUAUGAAGAUACAAAAAAUCAUAAAACAGAGAUGUUUCUUUAAGAUUAUUAAGAUUCUUGUAAAUAAUUCAUAGAUCAUUAAUUAAAAACUGUAGAUUUUGAAAUUAUAUGCCAACUUCAUUAUUAAAUUAUUGGACAUUAUAAAACAAUGCCUAUGUUUACAUUAGAAAUUUUAGAUAUUAUCAAAGCAGAUUAAUAAUCAAGUUAAAUCUAUUCAUCUGAUAUUGAAAUAAAAACUAAUGAUAUAUUUGAACCAGAUCCAGUUGACUUAAGUUCUAUUUAAGAAGAAAGCUUUCAAAAAGUAAAGAAUAAUGAUUUACCCUAAUUUGAUAAUUAAUUAUAAUAAGUUCCUGAUAUUUCUUUCAUUAAAGGAAGAUUUGAAUAAUAAUUAAAUGAAUAGACUCCAAAAAAUAAUAAAUAGAAAUAAUCUAUUAUGUAACCUUAAUCUUAGAAAGCUACUUUUUAAGUUAUCAAAUAAAAGAGUUUAAAUGAUGAUCUAAAAAGUAUUGAAGAAGAAAUGAAAAUUAUUAAGGCUAAUAAAAGAUAUAGUUAAAGGCAAAUUAUAUUAAAUGAGAAAUAAAAAGAGGAACAUAAAAGUUCUGAAAAAUUAACUAAAAGAAAAAAUAUAAUUGAUUAAAUCUAAGAAAAACGUAAGUAAGAUAUAAAUGAAAUGGAUGCUGUUAAUUCUGUUAAUUCUAUUGCUUCUAAUUUAAUUAACUAUAAAUAAGAUCUAGUAAAAAGUGUAUAUAAAUCUAAUAAAAUUCCUUACUCACUUAAAAUGAUCAUAAUUUUUGAUCUUAUGAUCAUAUCUUCAAUAUUAUUCUUUAAUAUAUUUCCAAUCAUUACAAUUCAUAAUAAUAAUAUCCAUGCUAUUGAAUAAAUUGAUGCUAUUAUGGCUCCAUAUCUAUAUAAUUCAUAUUAUUGUUAAUUAUAUGUACACAAUAUGAUUUUUGAAUUGCAAAAACUUUCAAUUGUGAAUUAUAGUCAAGAAUUAAUUCAUGAUAUAGAAUCUAUAAAUUAAAAUAAUACACUUCUUCAAGAUCUAAAAAAAUAUUAUCCAGUCUUUUUAGAAAUUGAGAAACUAGAUUAUUUUCCAAAAUUAAAUAUUAAUUUCAUAAAUACUGCAGAUUAAUUGAAUGUUUCAUUCACAUAUAUGUAUAGUGUCUUAAUUGAAAAAUUAUAAUAUUUUACAUAAAAAGGAUAGAACUUUGCUAAAUAUUAGAUGAAUGAAUCAGAAAUUAUUUCUUCUCUAUAUUUGUAUGCUAAUUUAUAAGAAAGUAUAUCACUAUAUUCAGAUUUAAUAUAAUUAAUUGUACUUACAUUUUUUGAAGAUAUGGUUUAUGAUGAAAAUACAUUCCUUAAAUAUCUAAUUGUUGCUCUAUUUGUUAUAAUCUUUUUAUUUUGGAUAUAGAUCAUAUAUUUUCAUUAAAUAUUUAAUUAUUUUAAAAAGAUCAUAUACUUAAAUUGUAGAUUAUUAGAAAAAGAUGUUCAUCUCAUAGUUUAAAGAUUGUAAUUAAUAAGAGAAAUCUUAAUUGAACAUACAGUAACAAAUUGGAAAAAAGCUGAUUAUGUUCAUUUAAUGUUCCAAUAAAUUAAAUCUGAUCAAAUUCAAAUUCAAUCCAAAAUCAAUAAACAUACUCUUCUCUGUUCUAGAAUUGCACAAAGUAAAUUUUCUUUAUUGUCUAUUCUUAUUAUGAUUGUAUCUGUUCAAUCACUUCUAAUAGGUUUCUGUAUUGGUGGAUACUUCUUCAAUGAGAUAUAAUAAAUUGAAUUAACUCCCUAAUAUGAAUUGAUGUCAUAAUUCUUUCAAUUUUCAGUCACUAUGGAUUCUAUGGUUACUUAAUCUAUUAGAGUUAAAUGUCAAAGACUCUAUAUGUAAAAUAAUAAAAUUAAUGAAUCAAUAACAGUUUAAAAAACUUUAGUUAAUUCAAAACUCUUAGCUAUUAGAACUACAAAUUUAACUUUUUAUUCUAUUUUAUAUCAAGAUUUUGUUAAAUCAGAAGAACUUAUUCUUAAAGGAUUGAUUAAUGAUUAAACUGUUGAUAGAUAAAAUAAUUCUACACUAUAUCAACUCUUCUUUAAUGAUCUCUGUCCUAUAAUAUGUCCAAAUUCUACUGAUGAAAGAGAUAUGAAUAAAUAUUAUGUAAGUGAAGGAAUAUCUGGUAUAUAUGCAAGUCUAAGUAAAUUUAUUAAGAGUUCAUUUAAUUAUGAACUAGAAAAUUUAAAAUAAGAUCCAGAUAUCAAAGCUUAAAUAAGUGUAGUAAAUUCUCAUGAAUUUAUUGUAUUAUUUUCAAGGCAUUUUAUAAAUACUAAAAAAGCAUUUAGAAAAUUUUAAGAAUAAAUACUUAAUAAAACUUAUAAAGUAAUUGAAAAAAAUGAUUAAGAAAUCUAAGCAUAUUUUUCAUGUGCUUUAUUAAUUGAAAUAAUAAUAGCAGGAAUUACAUUUAUAUAUUGUAUUAAAAUGAAACAAUAUCAAAUAUAAUUAAUGAGAUUGUCUUUAUGCAGUAUUCCAAUAGAUUUAUUAGAUCAACAAUCAAUAAGUAUUCUUAAAACAUUAUGA